CCAAGUGCACCAACUUUUUUGUUCUCUGACCCAGUUUUGAGGCAUUGAGACUGUGAAAUGGAGGGUAGGAGAAACGUUGCCUUCCCAAGGCCUCCUCUCCUCCAGCACCCCCCACCCCCUCUCAUGGCGACCUCAACACACGUUGCGAGACCUGCACUGACUUUGGGGAGGCAGGGCCUCGGGGAACGAGAGGUUUACGACAGGCGCUCCCUCUGAACCCCUCUCCAGCCGUAUCCGAAAACCACGUAGGAAAGAGAACCGAGUCCCGAGAGGUUCCUGCUGUUGCGCCCAACCGUAGGAGGCUUCUAAACCGAAAGGAGAAAACUCAAGCCGAGACCUGUUUGCUAUCUCUGAGGAGCACAAAUCAGAAAACACCAUGGCUCCUAAUAAAGAGGCCAACAGUCUUAACAGCUCUCCUACAGGGCUCAUCUGCCUCCCUCCAAUUUCAGAGGAUCUACAGCUUGUGUGGACCCAAGCAGCCCAGACGAGUGAGCUGGAUGGCAACGAGCAUUUGCUACAAACCUUCAGCUACUUUCCCUAUCCCAGUCUAGCAGACAUCGCCCUCCUUUGCCUCCGCUACGGGCUGCAGAUGGAGAAAGUCAAGACUUGGUUCAUGGCCCAGCGCCUUCGCUGUGGCAUCAGCUGGUCAUCUGAAGAAAUAGAAGAGACUCGAGCACGAGUGGCCUACCAUCACGACCAGCUCCAUUUCAAAUCCCUCCUCUCUUUCACUCAUGUGGGGCGGCCCCCAGAGGAGGCACCUCCUUCCCUGCCACCACCUGAGCAAGCCGGAACAUCAGUGCCCAUGGCUCUUAGCAAGUCCACCCAAAUCAAAGGAUUGAAGGUAGAGCCUGGGGACUCCCCAGAGCCACUGAAUCACCAGAAAGCAAAAACGCCCUCGAAGGCCCCUGGCGGUGAGGCAUUCCUCCACCAACCAGAGCUAUGGCACGAUCUUACAAGCAGUGGCCUCCCUAAGGAACAGGUGGGCAGGGGUCCCCACCCACCGCAUAGCUGUGGUCCUCCUUCCUGGAGCCCCUCCACAGCUCUCCAGCCACAGGCUAGGGAUCAGCCCCAAACACUCCCCUUACUUGCCAGUAGUUAUAAGCCCGAGUCGGCAUCUAAAGUGACUCCUCCCUCCUCCUCUACCUCUUCUUCCUCUUUCCAGGUACUGUCUAAUGGAGGUGCUGCCACCUCUAAACCCCAGCAGCCCCUGGGCUGUCUUCCACAAUCAUUGUCAUCCAGUGAACCUGCACGAUCCUCUCCGCUGGAGCCAACCUGGCCCGACAGGCUAAGGAAUAAUAACUCAGCAGCAGGUAGGGCUGGCCUGGCAGAGUACCUUUGCCCAGAUAUACAGCGCCAGCGAAAGACCAAGCGCAAAACCAAAGAACAGCUGGCUAUCCUCAAAUCAUUUUUCUUACAGUGCCAGUGGGCACGGCGUGAAGAUUACCAUAAAUUAGAACAGAUCACUGGUUUACCUCGGCCUGAGAUUAUUCAGUGGUUUGGGGACACACGCUAUGCCCUGAAGCAUGGGCAGCUUAAAUGGUUUCGGGACAACGCAGUACCUGGUGCUCCUAGCUUCCAGGACCUGGCUAUUCCCACACCACCGCCUUCAGCCCGCUCUCUGAAUGAAUGGGACACGCCACCUCUGCCGACUCCCCCACCCCCACCAGAUAUACAACCCUUGGAGAGGUACUGGGCAGCUCACCAGCGGCUUCAGGAAAGUGACAUCCCUCAACUGAGUCAGGCAUCAAGGCUUAGCACCCAGCAGGUACUGGACUGGUUUGACUCUCGGUUACCUGAGCCAGCUGAAGUGGUGGUUUGUUUAGAUGAAGAGGAGGAAGAAGAGGAGGAGGAACUGCCCGAAGAUGAGGAUGAAGAAGAGGAGGAGGAGGAAGAGGAGGAGGAGGAGGAGGAUGAUGAUGUAAUCAUACAGGACUGAGGGGGGCAGAAAAGGGGGGGAGGGAAUGUUACUAAAAGAUGAUCCAACAGAGUAACUGUUCAAACAAACCACACUUUUUAAAAAUUACUUUGGCAAAGAUCUGAAAAGCUUUGUAUUCUUCAGCUUGGGGGACUAGAUCCGAUGAGAGUGGACCAGGGAGGAUGACCCUGAGGGCUAGGUGGGGUUUGGAUAGGUAGAAACCCAGGUUGUCUAGCUUCGGUGGAAAGUGCUUCAGAAGAUCUAGCUUAAAACUCCUGUGGGGGGAGCCAGAGUGAUAGUACAGCAGAUAAGCUGCAUGCCUUGAUGCGGCUGACCCAGGUUUGAUUCACCCUACCCCAGAUGUUCUUCCAAGACUUCCAGGAGUGAUCCCAGACCCAAGAGCCAGGAGUAAGCCCUAAGCACAGUCAACCCCUUCCGCCCUCCCCACUCCCCAAAAAAUCUGGUGUGGGAACAGCCUCCAGGUGUCUAAUCUGUUGCUGCUUCCCCUGAUUUUCCUUUGUGUGCUACGUAGAGGCCAGACCCUGGU